CCCAAGGGUGUUCCCAGCGCCACGGAGAGCGUCGCGUGUCGAGCGUUAUUAUUACACAAGGCGCUGUUGCCUUAUGCAAGUUUCUGGGUUGGAGAAAAGGAGGAGAGGUCUGCUUCAUACCGUUCUCAGAGAAAGCAAGGCGGGAGGCUAGCAGAAGGAUGCUGAAGACUAUAAAGCAAGCACUCUUUUCUACUGGGCUGGAGAUGCCCAAAUGGACAGCACUGCCAAACCAGGCUACUGAUUAUGAAAUUCGACAGUAUGAACCAGCAAAAUGGGUGUGCACAUCUGUCAAAACUGUGGAGUGGGACUCCGCUAUCAAUACUGGUUUCAUGAAGCUCUUUAACUAUAUUAAAGGGAAGAAUGAAAAAGGAAUAAAGAUCGAUAUGACUGCUCCUGUGACAUGCUAUGUGCAGCCGGGUGCUGGCCCAUUCUGUGAGUCUAUCACAACUGUUUCUUUUUAUGUGCCAUCUCAACACCAGGCAAAUCCACCUAAGCCCUCAGAGGCAGAUGUCUUCAUUGAAACCAGGCCAACAAUCACUGUGUUUGUCAGAUCAUUUGGAGGAUUUACCAAUGCUAAAAAGAACCAGGAAGAAAUAUUGGCACUUGCUGAAAGUUUGAGGCGGGAUGGGAGAGGCUUCCAAGAAAAGGUCUAUUAUAGCGCUGGCUAUGAUAGUCCAUUUAAAUUGCUGAACAGACACAACGAAGUUUGGCUUAUCAAGAAAAGCUAAAACCUCAGCAAUGCAGAUUAUAGUCUUAACAUCCAAAUGUGUCCUUAACAAAAUUUAACUUUUCCUAACAGAUUAAAGCCAAUUUUUUGUAUAUUUUUCUAAUAUAAUUCCCUAAGUUUCCUGCUGCCUAAUUUUUUGUGCCCUGGUAUGUAUCAGUGCCAAUAUGGA